AUGGCUAUCAAGACGGUCGGCGUCGUUGGCACUGGACUGAUCGGAGCCUCGUGGACGGGCCUUUUCCUGGCUCACGGGUUGCGUGUGCUGGUCGCCGAUCCGGCGCCAGGGGCCGCGGAGAAGCUGGCAAAAUACCUCGAGACCAUCUGGCCCACCCUUGCGCAGCUCGGCCCAGGUCUUGCCAGCGGCGCAUCGUUGGCCAAUUACGAGUUUGUCGGUACCAGCCUUGGUGAGCGGUUUGCAGAGGUCGACUUUGUGCAGGAGAACGCGCCCGAGAAGCAGCAGCUCAAGACCACCGUCGUGGGCGAAAUUGACGCAAAGACCCGGCCGGACGUCAUAAUCGCCUCGUCGUCGUCGGGCAUCCCCAGCUCGCAGUUCGUCUCUGAAUGCCGCGUUAACCCGGCCCGCGUCCUGAUCGGACACCCGUUCAACCCGCCACACCUCAUGCCGCUUGUCGAGGUCGUCCCGCAUCCGGGAACCGACACGGCCAAGACAGAAGAGGCCAUGGCCUUCUACCGCUCGCUUGGCAAGAAACCUGUUCAUCUCCGCAAGGAGGUCCCGGGCUUUGUGGCCAACCGUCUCCAGGCAGUCGUGUGCAACGAGGCAUACAGCCUCGUCACGCGCGGCGUAUUAUCAGCCGAGGACCUUGACCUGUGCAUGACCAGCAGCUUGGGCCCGCGAUGGGCAGUGACGGGCCCGCUCGUGUCCAACGCAAUGGGCGGCGGCGGCGGCGCUGAGGGAUUCCGGCACUUCAUAGAGCAUCUAGGCCCAGCGUUUGAUUCGUGGCUCGAGGACAUCCGGGCGAAUCGGUUCCAGUCCACCAAGGAGAGUCUCGAUCUCCUGAUGGCACGCGUGGACGAAGCACUGUCGACGUCAGAUGCAGGGGCGCUCGAGGCGAGGAGGGACAGAUUGUUGGUCCAAAUGCUCCGCCUAUUGUCAGAGUCGUGA